AUGGGUCGCAAUGGACCAUCGCCCUCGGCCAAGCUCAAGUCUUCCAGAAGACCACCAUCCAGAUUUCGCAAUCCCACGGCUGGUGCGGAAGGUGCUGUGGGAGCAGCACAGCCUUCGGCCAAGGCGACAUCUGCCACCUGGAAUAGACCUCAGGCUAGCACAGGCUGGGGAGAGGCCUGGAUGUGGAACGAGCGAGAUGCAGACUGGGGUGAUGGAUGGAGCACUACAACACAGGCGACAGCAGGAUGGUGGACGGGACAGUGGCAAAAUCAGUGGGACGGGCAGCAAUGGACUUGCCGGGUGCCGCCGCCACCUCCACCACCGGCAAAAAGACGCAGUGUUACCUCGCCAGAACGCGAGGCAGGUCAGCAGGAGCAGACGGAAAGCAAGCUUGCGACACCAGGAUCAAGCCAGGAUCAGGCCAUGCCCGUGCUGCAUUCCACCUCCACUGGCUCUGCAGCCACCGGCUCCGUAACCCCUGGGAGCACACUACACACCGUCAAGGAAGAGCUUCCCAACUCUGACGACGAAUCGGGUGAGUCAACAGGAGGCACUGACCCAGGGGCCGCUGCUCAACCUCCUAUCACUGCGUCUGGUCAGCACCAUGUCGGCCUGGACCAGUUGCCUCACUCCUCGACCUCAGCCAUGGAGACGCGCGGGUACGUCACCUUGAGCAACCAGGGCCACAGGGACUACUGCUACAGCAGCUGCCUCGACAGAAGCGAUGAAGCAGGGCCAAAGCAGGUAGCUUCGCAGUCGCAGGUGGCUGAGCCGAUGCCGCACGUCUCCACCACCAUGGUUUCACCGUUGCAGACCGCCGCCAGCUCCGACACCUCCACGGAUGAGCACAUUGAAGAGACUACACCGCUGGCCCAUACCCGUCAAAGCAGCAGUGACAUUGAGGGAGUGGAUACGAGUCUUUGCCCCGUUGUUAGUACGACAUGGACCUCUGAUCUCUCGCCAACCUCUCCGGCUGAGACCACUGCGAUUCCUCAGGAGAAUGUGACCUACCAGCCGCCGCCUCCAGCUGAACCACAGGUCAGACGGUCUGUCAACAAGAUCCAGGGCUGGCAGACUACAGGCACCACUGAGACAUCGCCCUCGCCCUCCUCCGAUGUCACCAUUCUGGACGAGCCUGGAACAGCAGCCUCGUCCUCUGUAGAUGCUCAUCUGGCAACGACCACACGGGACCAGAGCUCCAGAAAGACUGCACUCGCGCCCCUCUCAGCCUGUGCAGACUAUUCUUUGUGGGGUAAACUAACGCGCAGUCAUGCUUGGGCACGUUGGAAGCUCGUGGCAGGAACCCGUCGUGUCAAAGCCCUGCGGGACUCAGCAGCGGCUGUCACAUUGUCGGGGCCUGAGCCCCCACGUGCAGCAUCUGGAUGUAGUGGCCACCACCCCAGACAUUAUCAGUGCUCCAUGUCCACGUCAUGCUUCUCCCGCUUCCUCCGUGUGCUUAUCCUUGCCAGCUUUCAUCCAUACCUAGCACUCGGCACGUCUUCGCAUGCCUCUAAUCCUGCACGAGUGGCCGUAUCUGAGCCGAUACACAGCUCUACUGCUAAGCGCUCCUACAAACGAGCUGUGAAGCGAGCCAGCCGAUUUGGAGUUACCACUUAUCUGGGUCGCACCUUCACUGCAAAACAGUUGAGAACGCACUACCAGCCAGAUAACGCAGACCGAGGGUCUCCCUCCCCACAGGCAGAGACUGCCGCACAUGGCCUGCGCGUUCUGUACUGGAACGCUGGUGGGCUACAUGCUUCCAGGCAUGCAGAGCUCAAACACUGGCUACACAUCCAGGAUCAAUCCACUCGACCAGACCUAGUCGUCAUCACUGAAACACACUGGCCCACCACAAUGGAAUACCCUGCCACAGACUGGCAGGCCAUCCAUACUGGGGCGGGCCAGUCACAAGGGGGGAUCCUUGUGCUCGUUCACAACUCUGUAUGUCCGGCUCACGACAUCAGAUACAACGAGCUAAAGCCGGGUCGAUUACUACAUGUUCGGAUCUCGCUGCAGAAGCGUCCUGCCCUUGAUGUCCUGGCCGUAUAUCAGCACGCUUGGAACCCCGAUGGUGGAGAUGGUGACAGGCAAGCACGCAUCACCAGAUUGCUAGCAAACCGGUCGGACAUCUGGGAACGGAUCUCUAAAUGGGCUCGCUCGGUUCCUGCUCGAAAUCUUCUUUUCAUCGUAGGGGACAUGAACUGUCCUUUGCUGAAAGAGACCACUCAUGUUGGCAAAGGAACCCCAAUACUGCCCGCGGGUCAUCACUACAGAGAUCAGUUUCGAUUGCAGGACCUUCUAAGGGAUCAUGGUUUGUGCGCGUUAAACACAUGGGGCAAAGCAGGGUCUCCCUCCGUCACCUUUAAGCCACUUAAGGGCCUGGGCACUCAAAUUGACUUCUGCCUGAUGAGAUGCCGACAGACAACGCCCCAAGCCCUAUGUGCGGGCACCUUGACGAAUUUCCCACUCCUGCCUGAAACGGGGAUGUAUCAUCUCCCAGUCAAGGCGCAGCUGCCGUUACCAGUGGCACCUCGCAAAGCCGGCGAGAAACAGGGCAACUCACUUAAAGCCACACAGGAGCUCAUGAAUAAAUACCCUAAACUCCUUCCCACCUACCAAGCGCACCUACCGGAUCAUGUCUUACCACAUCAGGAGCUGACCACAAUCAUGGCGGAUGCAUGGGCAACUGCGCUUGAUCAGUGCUGCGUGACCCUCAAUCCCUCAGAAGCUCCUGCAACGACUCUUGACCAGCCUGAGGUAGUUCAUCUUUGGCAACACCGACAGGAGUUGAGGGCACUACAGCAGGCCCUUACUACCAAUCAUGACACCUUUGCUGGCACUCACGACCUUCAGGUUCGUAAACAGGCCAGAGCCAGACUAGCAGCGUCUAUGCUGCUUCGAGCAUGGCAGCAGGCUGUACAUUGCACUCGGAAGGCCAAGGAGCUUCGCAAGCUUAGCAGACUCAGGAAGAAGCAACACCUUGAUGCGCUCAUUAUGGAGGCCAGGAACAGCAGCAGUCCCAUGACAGCCGUUCAUCAGAUCCUGAAGCGUUAUGCACCAAAGGUCAGACAGAAAAGGCUCCAGCUCCGCACCAGUCAAGGACACAUCCUCACGCCGCAAGAAGAAAUGCAGCAGAUUGUGGGACAUUUUAAGCAGGUCUACAAACAACCUGACCAUGCACCAUCGGGCAGGCCUGUUGAUCAGGCCGUUGUCUUUGAUCCACACAAUGUGCUCCUGGCGUUCAGCAAGUUGCCUAACAAGGCUCUUCCUUCACACUUCCUGCCUGCCCCGCUAUGGCGAGCCUCAGCUCACCUUGCGACGCAGGUGUUCCAGCAGACCCUUGUGGCAGCCUAUGGCCGGGAGGAACUUUUUCUGCCCAAGGCCUGGCACGAAAUACAAGUGGCACUCAUCCCUAAACCGUCUAAGCCGGCGACCUCUGCCGACUCGCUAAGACCAAUUUCACUGCUUUCGCCGAUGGCCAAAGUCCUAGCAAAGCUAGUAGCGGAGGAGAUUCGGCCCAUAGUCUCGAAUGCCGCCACGCACAUUCCACAAUUUGCAUACCUAGAAGGGCGACAAACCUGUGACGCUAUCGACAGGGCUUUUGGCCAUUGCAGAGAAAUCCGAGAACGUCGCCAAAACGCCACGGUCACCACCCGUGACAGGAGGGCGGGCAAAACUGCCCAAAUCGUCUCGGGAGGCGUCACGCUCUCACUUGAUCUACGCAAAGCCUUCGACAGCAUCCCCUGGCGGUGUCUGCAGCAAUGCCUUGAGCACUUCCGGCUACCUGCCUCGACUACUCAACUUAUUUUGUACCUACAUGAGAACGCCACGUACAUUUUUAAAACUCCCAGAGCGCAGGGCUCUGUGCUGGCGGGGCAAGGCAUCAGGCAGGGCUGCGGAUUAGCGCCCAUGCUCUGGACGCUAUACUCCCUUUAUCUUGCAUCCAAACUUGACACUGCUGCGCCCUCUGCACUUAAAACUUUCUUUGCGGACGAUUUUCUAGCGCAAUGGACGAUCGAGACCUGGUCAGACAUGAAAAGUGUCCCCACGCAAAUUUCAAAAAUAGUAGCAGUCUUAGAAGAUCAUGGUAUGCAACUUAGUCCGGGCAAGACAGUGGUACUUUACUCGCUUUGGGGUACGCAGGUACAUGCAUGCCUCAAGCCCAUGCUGUGUCAACAUGCCACUCUCGGCAAAUGCCUGCGAAUUGGGACUGCUAACCUCACGGGAAAGUGCUACCUCUUGCCGGUUGUCAUGUCCCAUGAGUACCUUGGCGUCAAACUUUCGUACAAAAACUUUGAGUGGCAAACCCUUAAGCACCGGCUACGCCAUUCCUGGAUUGCCUACAAUCGGUUAUCCGCCUUGCUGAAGUCUAAAGCCCUGCCAGUGCAUAAGCGAUUGCAGCUGCAUCAAUGCAUAUGUCUCGCCACCCUUCGAUAUGGGCUCUCCUGUACAGGCCUGACCAUGGCUGGUAGACAGAAAGUCUAUGGUACUGUCCUUCGACAAUGGCGAGCUUUGGCUAAUAACCUUCCUCACAUCACUGGGCUGUCUAAUGCGACCUUCUUGACAAACUUUCACCUGGCUGACCCCCUGGAUGGCUUGGACGCUAUUUUGAUCAAAAGGCUAGAUAAGGUAGAAUCAGGGCCUAUUGCACCACUACAGCCACCCGCCGUCAAACGAUGGUGGGAACACCUCCGUAAAAUCACCAAUGAUCCGACUGUUACGCAGACGACAAGCAAGGUGCCCCUCAGGCAUCAGGAUGCCAGACCCCCAGCUCCAUGUGAUGUCUGCGGCCUUUCCUUUCCCAAUGAGGCCACGUUACGUUGGCACAUCUCCAACGUGCAUGUCAAGCUGACUAAAGAGCAACAUCACGCGAAGGAGGACGAAGCUUUUCUGCAGGAAGCUCAGUCGGAUGAUUGGAAGCAACUUGCGCAGAAAAUCCGCGCCAUUGGGCGAUUGCACUACUGCCCCUUCUGCAACCUUUGGAUGGCCAAAACUGCCAUGUUGCAUCAACAUAUCAAGGCUCAGCAUGUGGAUGCAGCCGCUCACCUUGAUAAGUGUCAGCAUUUCCUGCUUACGCGAAAGGGUAUCAACUCCCCCUGCCAGCACUGCGGCACUCGGCACAACCGCGCGGCUGUGGGGUGCUCAGUACUGAUCCGAGUGAUGAUGGACGAGCUGACAAGAGGCGCCGCCGAAAUGGACCUGUGGAAGUCCAUGAUGAACAAGCCUGGGGAGGUGGGGCAAAAGCGGCAAGGCGACCGAGUGGAGGACCUCAGUCGCCAGAAAGGUCGACAGCGCGGAGAUCGGGGGAAAGGCAACCAGAGCUUCGCGAGGCAAGCCAAACAGGCCUCCGGGCCUUCUUCGCUGGACAACGACGAGGACGAUCCCCUGAGAGAGGCCGUGAAGCUCAUCACGACCCUGUCCCUUCGCCACGAGGAUGCACUGGCCAUCCACCGUCAGGACACCAGCUACGUGUUCUUCAUGAAGACCAGUCCGCCGGAGCUGACGGUACUCAGCGAUCUCAUGCGAGUCGGAUCGGAAUGGAAGGCCAAGAAGGAGCAGUCCCCAGCUCUGGUCACCCAGCCCUUGCGGGUGGUCCUCCUGGGCUGUCUCCUGGAGGCGGUGACUACCAGGAUGCAAUCCCUGCAGGAUCCAACGCUACAUGCCAAAGCACAAGCGGCCAAACUGGUCAAUCCAGCAGGCGACUUUCACUACAUGAUGUGGGACGAUGCGGAGAAGAUAUACCAGAACAAGGACGAUCGCGAAUCGAUCCCCACGAAAACGGUACUCGAGGACAUCGCGACCCUGCAGAGGCUGAUCCUCCAGCCACGAGUGGUAGGACGCUUUCAUGCCCAACGGAAGCUUGCGCCGGACAUGCAGGGGGAAGUGGUGCCAUUCGUACUGGAGAUUGGCCUACGCAACCAAGCCUCACACAAAGUCUACUUUCUGCUGGACAAGUACUGCCACCAAGCAAUCUGGCACCUGGCAGGCACGUCCCUGAGGCACGACAAACUGGGACGCGGAGCGUUGGCCAAUGCGCUGGAGAAACUUGCAGAGAAGCUUUGA